AUGAAUCCCGCGGCGUUCUCCAAUCCUGGAGGGGGGAUGCCUGGUCCCGGAAUGCCGCCGCAGCAAAUGCAACAACAGCAGCCGCCACAGUCGCAGCAGCAUCAACGCACUGAGAAUGCUCAGCAUAUCAUGAACCAAGUCGCUCACGAGCUCACCCAGCAACCUCCACUGGGGGGUUGGAAAGAUGAUGUGCCUAUCAAAGUCCGAGCAAUGAAUGUCUACCAGAUGAUAACCUCACUUCGACUGAUACAGCCUCAGAUUGAUCUGAAGCAGGCGGCCACCGCCGCCAUCUCUUUCGAAACCAAUGCCUUCAAAAAGGCCAUCGAACGGAGUGAUUACGAGAAAGACUGCAACGAGAAACUCCACCACAUCAAGGAUACACGUCAGAGACAAGCUGCUGCCGCGCUUCAGUCGGGAAUGGCACCUCAGAUUGGAUCCGCAAUGCAGGGCCAGAUGCCAGGCAAUUUCAUGCCCCAUAUGAAUUCCAAUAUGCAAGCCUCACCUGUUGGCCAGGGCCACCCUCAGAUGGCAAUGGCCCUAGAUGGACCGAAUCAACAAGCCGUCAUGCAGCAGCGUCAUCAGAUGCAGCAGCGUCAGCAAAUCCAACAACGUCAGCACCAGCAGCAGCAACAGCAGCAGCAACAUGCGAUGCUCCAGCAUCAGCAGCGACAACAACAGCAGCAGCAACAACAGCAGCAGCAACGACUGCAACAACGCUCUGCUGAUGAAGUUCCCGGAUUCAAUGACGAUGCCUCUAAUACCCAAUUCCUCAAUUCGGAACAGGUUACGCAGCUCGCAAUGCAGAUGCAGCGCCGAUCCACUGAAGAAGACUUUGCUCGCAUCAGAAGAACGAUGGCCACGCGCAUGGAUGACAACCAGAAGAUUUUCCUGCAGCAACGAGGCAUUGACCCUGUUCAGUACUAUUUCCGUACUCAAGCAGCACUACACUUGCGCCGUCGGAUGUCACGCAUGGAGAACGCCCAAGCUGGUAACUCCUCAAACACUGCUGCUCCCCAAAAUGACGGCAUGAUGAACCAGCAGGCGAUGGUGCAGAACAUGAUGAACCUACAGCGCAACAAUACCGCCUUUCCAAACAAUGCAACCCAGAGCCAGGACUCCAACACUUUCUUCGGCAACGUCGAAAACAUCCAGGGUCAACAAGCGGAUGGUGUUCGAUCUCAGGAGGCCGGCCAAUUGGUAGUCCCAGUAAGCUCGUCUCAGAUGGGCCAGGCGCAGCUCAACAACCAGCAAGGUCUCUUCACCUCGCAGCCUGGCCCAAAUGGCCAAAAUAAUGACGUGAUGAAUCCCAUGGGAAUGAACACGCAGAUGUUCACCUCGCAACACAUGCAGCAGCAGUUUCACGCGCAGCAGGCACGAGUCCAAGCUGCCCACAAGGCACAAAUGGCGAUGUCGGGUCAAGUUAAUCCUUCAGGUCCGGCUCCAUUUAAUCAGCAGCAAAGUCCUGCCAUGUCCAUGCUCAAUCAAGGCAUGUCUCCUACUCAAACCUCUCCUAUUCCCGGGCCCGCCCAGGUUCGGCCGCCAUCUCGCCCGGCAACCAUGGGACAGGUCCCCGGUGGAAUGCCUGUUGCACGACAAAACAUGCAAGGUCGACCUCAAAUCCCCUCUUCGCUCCCUCAAGCUGUGCAAGAUCACCUCAGCUCCAUGACCGACCAGCAGCUCCGGGACUUCUUCGAGAACCAGCGUCGCAACCAUGCCAACAACCACGCUCGGGGGAAUAUGCCACAUCCGCCUCCACAGCAGAUCCCUCAGCAAUCUCAGCAGGGUGGCCUUUCUCAAGAUGCUCAAACUUCACAGAUGUUCAACGGCCAAAUGGGAAACAUGAGGAACUCUAUGAGUGGACCUGGUGGUAUCAAUCCCACUGGGACCAUCAACUCGGCGGCCGCCAUGAAUCAAAAUCAACCGCCCCUAAAUCCGCAGUCUAUGACUCCUCAGCAACGGGCGGCGUACUUGCAACGACAGAACGAGAUUUUCAGAUUGAAUGCACUUCGACAACAGAGCAAUGCCCAUGAGAUGACUGCCGAACAGCAGCAGGAGAUGGAUCGGGUUCCGGUCCCGCACUCUAUGAUCGCCAAUUAUCCUCAGGUCCCCCAGCACAUCAAGACCUGGGCGCAGCUCAAGGCUUGGUCCAGUAGCAACCCACUGAAUAACCAAGGGCUCGAGCCUGGUCGGCUGAUGAACCUGCAGAAGGUUCACUUUGUCCACAUCGCCGGCGCGAAGCAAGCGCAACAGAAUCAGCAUGGCCAACCGAACCAGCUAGGGCAGCAACUCCUUUCUGCACAGCCAAAUCAGCAACACCCGCAAGGCCAGCCUAACCACAACCAACUUCAGCAAGGAUUUCAGGGACCAAUCGUGGGUCCAGCUCCCCCGAACGCCCCGAAUCCAGCACCUACCAUGACUUUGCGACCAAUCACGCAGCAAGAUAUCCAAAUUGCGCGCCAGAAACUGGGGAGUAAAUCGCCCAACUUCACCGAUGACCAGAUCCGCGACCUCUUGCAAAACCGACAGCGGGUGCUCAUGGAGCAUGCUCUGCAGCAGCAGCGAAACAUGUCAGCCGUUGCUCAACAGGGUCCGCGGCCAACAGCAUCUGUUUCUCACACCCCUGUCCAGGCUCAGCCAGUGCCUCUUCCACAGCAACCCCCGCAUGUGCCGAUUGACGUGCAAGCGCCAAAUUCGCGCCUUCAGCAAGUGGCCAACGCUGCGAAGAGUGGAAAAGCUCCAGCUUUCACCCCGAAAUCAAAGAAACGACCCACCCCCGAUGAUGCGAUUGAAACAGCGCCUGCAGCAACUGCUGCCACUCCUCAGCAAAACCAAGGUCCUCCAGCAUCUGCCGUCCCAGCUCCUCAGAACGUGGUGGCCAAUGUACCCUCUUCUCAGGAGGCCCCUUCCACUACCAGUGCAAGUCUGAGUGUGGCGGUCGAAGCAAGCUUGCAGCGGACAUUUUUCCGUGGCCAAUACUUUGAUCGAGCCACGGCCGAUCAUAACUGGAACACCAAUCUUUCACCUGAGUUGUUGGAAUUUUACAAAGAGGUUACUCGAACCGCCCCUGUCACUAAUGUUCAGGAUAUUUCGCCCGAAUCGAAGGAGAAGAUGGUCAACAUGAUUCAAAAGAGCCUGGAGUGCCUCUGCCGACUGGAUAUCCUGGCCAUGCAUGCAUUGGCCAAUGCGCCAAAUACAGAACGUAACAUGAGAAACUUGUUCGCUAUGCGCCAUCAAGUGUGGCGCCAAUUCACCAAUACCCAUGACUGGACUAUCACUGAUCACUUCACCGUCACACCUGAUUAUCUCAGUGGAGCCAUCUUGUACAUUCGAAAACUCUUCCACAUGAUGCUGUCUCGCGCUCAGCAGCAACAGGAGCGACGACUUCUUGCCGAGCAGGGCAAUGUGCCGAUCGAGCCAGAACAGUCUGUCCAGACCUCCGCCUUAACUCCUGCGAAUCUUCAGCAAUUGCAACAUCAGCACCAGCAACAGGAUGAAGCUCUGCAGCGUGCCGCUCGUGCUUCUAGUCAGUCUGCAGCUGUCGCCGCUGCACCCUUCGGUGCUCCAUCCCCCCAAGGUAUUCCGGCUUAUGGUCCUGGUGCUUUGGCUCCUGAGAAUCUCAAGCUCCCACCACCGAAAAGACGCAAGGUCUCUGAAGCUGGACCCACUGCAGCCUCCAAAACUCCUGUGUUGGCCGAUGCAGAGGCAAAGCUCAAAAAGGCAGCUAUGGACGUCAAGCCACCAUCUGCGCCUACGCUUGGCCCCUUCAAGUGUAGCGAUCUUGAUUGUCCAAACCAUUACCAAGGUCUUCCCACUCAGGCUGCGUUGGACAAGCACAUCGAAGAAAACCACAAGCCUGAGGUUGACGAGGUCAUUGAAGAUCCUCUCCAGUACUUCCGCGAUAGUCUCGACAUCGGUCUUGGCCUCACCGCUAGCGCUCAAGGCGGCAGAGCGACUCAAGGCUCAGGCCUUGUCUCUGAUCCACCCCAGACCUCGUCCGUGAGACCUGGUCCAGCUACUCCAGCCUCUUCCAUGGCGACUCCAAUGGCCCGCGCGACAAGCCAGCUCGCCUUGGCUCAAAACUCCCCUGCUCAUGCUGGUCAUGCGCUCCCUGCGCCUCAGGAAACGGUGAAGAAGUCCGACUCGCAGCCGAGUGCACCGGAAGCCACUGAUCUCUGGGCUAAUGCCUUGUUCACUCGCGAAGAGCUUGCCAAUACCUUCCGACCUAUUGUUGAGCACAUCCGUCAACGGGACGGCACUGCCUACCUGGACGAUCUGUGCGCCAAAUUGAAGGCGGAUGAAGAAGCCGAACGUGCGGGUCGAGCACCCACCGAGUAUUCCCCUGACUCAGACGACCUGGCUGGGGCGACACAGACUCCACGGGACGAGAACAACGAAACGGUUGAUUGGUCUCAGUGGACGGAGGAGUACGAUGAAGAGUCCGCCAAGCUUACAGCUGAGUGGAUGCGUAUCCCGCCGGAGCUUCAAGACCAUAACGCCGGUAUUCUCGCAGGCCUCACUAUUGACUGGGAUCGCCUUGAGCGAGAGCAGAAGGAGGCCAAGGCUGGUUUGAAAGGAGGCGGUGUCACCAUCUCCUCCCGCGCAUGA